GAUAAUUUGGGAUCAGCGCGACAUCAGCUCCUUAGUCUCACAACCUUAGAAUGUGUGUACAACGUACAGGAGGCUUUGUACUUGUCAGACUGAUUCUUCCUUGGAUAAAAAUUGUUAUCUUGUCUAAAAAGUAGCAAUGUUGAAUCAAACCCAGCAGUCCUUUGGGCCCAUGUAUUGUCAGCAAUACAGGAAGCUUUAGAGGAAAGCAAAAAUUCUUAAUGCAUCUGUUCAUCUGUACAGUGCUGAUACCUGAAGUUAAUUAGGAACAUUUCUUUCCAGGCUAGAUGCAGAAUGGCAGGGCCUCAGAGGGGCAGCCACACUAAAUAUAAUUUGUAAUUAUCAUUCCUGAGUAUAUUAUUACACAGCUGCUGUUGCUGCCUUGACUUGGUAAAAGGUGUCUCCUCUUCAGUCAUGGGGUGGACAAGUUGUCCUGAAAAAGCUGGUUAUCUCUAUCACCUUAGGGUUGUUAUGCACUUGCAGUGUUACAUCGUGGUGGCUGUACUUGGGUAAUUCCCACUUCUGAAUCAACAUUGGUAUGAAUUUGCUUUUUUAUGUUAAUCAACACCAGUGAGUGAUUAGGUACAGGCUGCAGUGAUUUUGCUGCUGUAACAUGCACACAUUAGUCAUCCAGAUGGCCUAGUGCUUUCUGAAAGUACAGCAAGAGACAGUCUGUGCCCUUGAAGCAGCUGCUCUACAGGGGCACCAAGGCUACGAGCUAUUGCCCUGUCAUGCAGACAUGCCUUUAGUCCUGGAUUGUCAUGGUGUCAUGGUUUGUGGGAGCUGAAACGGUAACUCACAGCCUGCUCUGUGCUACGAGUGUGGUGAAGAUCUGCCUCAGGACUCUCCAGAACCUGCCACAGCCUAAUGCACCUUCAGGUAGAGACUCAUGUGGCUACAGAGACCAUUCCAGAAACCCCCUGACAUCUUGGUGAGCUCAUCCUGCUGCAAGCUGGGCUCAGCCUGCAUUCACAGAAGGGGCACAGAGAUGUUAAAAUGGAGCAUCACCUGGGCCAUUGCUAGACUUGCAAGAGACAUCAAAGCCUCCACUGGGAGGGCACUGGGAAGUGGUCAGAAAGCAGCACAAAAAUCUGCUGAGUCACUUUCUAUUUAAAAGAUUUCAAAUCCCUGCAGAUGAGUCUGUCAAAGGAAGUGGCACACUUUACGAACUCACAGAAAAAUAACAUGGUUCCUGGGUUUUGCUUCUGCUGAUUGUUUCUGAGCCACCUCAUCAUUGGAGUUGAGACCAGUAAUAUGAGGGAUCAUCAUUUCUAGCUUUUCAAUAGGGCUGGAGCACUCACCUGGCUGGGGGACAAAAUCACCAAGAAAGAAGAACCAGUUCUCUAAAUCACUACCUCUCACAAUAGUUGCUGUGGUCCAUAACAGGGGAAAUACUAAGAGAGAGAGUAAAAGCUUUGUCCAUAGAAAUUCUCAUCAAUGUGUUGAAAAUGAGAUCUGUUGUUAUGGAUUCCCUAAAGAAGUGUCUGGGUUUCCCAGCCAGCAUCCAAAGCCAGUGUAAAAUCCCAUCCAUUCAGGCCAGCCCUUUUUACAGUGCCUUACUCUGUUUCGAGUCUUGCAUCUUUACUGCAUUCUUAGCAUUGCUCUCCUUAGAGAGGGAAUGGUAGCUUUUGCUCCAUAACUCUUAUGAAAGCAUGAAUACACUUUGAGCAAACAAAACCAAAAAUCAGCAUAAAGCAGCGUCUUGUUUGGGAAGCCAUCAAUGCUUGAAGUUAUUUACAAGAUAGAAGAGUGAUGGAAAUUGAGCCAAACGUAUCGUCUUUUGAAUUUCCAGGAGAGAAAAUGUUACAGAAUGAAAACUCAGAAAAGAAUGUAGAAAACCAAGAGGAUGCAAGAGGAGCACUCCAGUUCACUACCUUAAAGCAGGGGAAGAGCCCCUACAAGCGCAGCUGUGACGAAGGGGAAUCCCACCCCCAAACAAAGAAAAAAAAAAUUGACCUCAUCUUCAAAGAUGUCUUGGAGGCUUCUUUGGAGUCUGCCAAGUUUGAAGACAACCAGUUAACAACAAGUACACCACUUCCCCUCAGAAGAGCAUCUAAAUACCAGGCUGAAGACAUCUUUGAGCAGUGUGGCAGUGCCAUGCAGCACGGCUCCCUGAGCCUCAGCAGAAGCCAGAGGGAGAGCGAAUGGAGGGUCCCUCACAGUUCCUCUUUUAUCUCAGCCAAGGAGAUGAGCAUCCUUGAAGACGAGGAAGAAGAGCCCCUGUCACUUAAAGCAGACAGCCCCACUGAGCUGUCACUGGCCUCUGCACAAGGCAAUUCCCAUGAAAUCCCCACCACGUCCUUCUGCCCCAACUGCAUCCGGCUGAAGAAGAAAAUCCGGGAGCUGCAGGCUGAGUUAGACAUGCUGAGAUCUGGGAAGUUACCCGAGGCACCCGUGUUACCGCCCCAGGUACCCGAGCUCCAAGAGUUCUCAGACCCCACAGCUUCAGAAAGUAUCAUCUCAGUUCCCACCAUCAUGGAGGAUGAUGACCAAGAGGUGGAUUCUGCUGAUGAAUCAGUUUCCAAUGAUAUGAUUGCUGCUACAGAUGAGCCUUCUAAGAUGUCUUCUGCAACAGGACGGAGGAUACGGCGGUUCAAGCAAGAGUGGCUUAAAAAGUUUUGGUUUCUGCGGUACUCCCCGACACUGAACGAGAUGUGGUGCCAUGUCUGUAGGCAGUACACAGUGCAAUCUUCUCGGACUUCAGCCUUCAUCAUUGGCUCUAAGCAGUUCAAGAUACACACGAUAAAGCUUCACAGCCAGAGCAACCUCCACAAGAAGUGCCUGCAGCUUUACAAGCUCAGGAUGCACCCAGAGAAGACAGAAGAGAUGUGCCGAAAUAUGACCCUGCUCUUCAACACAGCCUACCACCUGGCCCUGGAGGGCAGGCCCUACUACGACUUUCGGCCUCUGGCAGAACUACUGAGAAAGUGCGAACUCAAGGUGGUGGAUCAGUACAUGAAUGAGGGAGACUGCCAGAUCUUAAUUCACCAUAUCGCCCGCGCUCUCCGAGAGGACCUGGUUGAGCGCAUCCGGCAGUCUCCCUUCCUCAGCAUCAUUCUGGAUGGGCAGAGUGACGACUUGCUUGCAGAUACAGUUGCAGUCUAUGUGCAGUACACCAGCAGCGAUGGGCCUCCAGCAACUGAAUUCCUGUCUCUUCAGGAGCUCGGCUUUUCUACAACAGACAGUUACCUUCAAGCAUUAGAUCGUGCUUUUUCCAGCCUGGGAAUACGAUUGCAGGAUGAGAAGCCAACUAUCGGCUUGGGAGUUGAUGGUGCUAACAUUACCGCCAGCCUGAGAGCCAACUUGUUCAUGACAAUCAGAAAGACCUUGCCCUGGCUUCUCUGUCUUCCCUUUAUGGUGCAUAGGCCCCACUUGGAAAUUUUGGAUGCCAUUAGUGGGAAGGAACUACCAUGUCUGGAGGAGCUAGAAAACAAUUUGAAGCAACUGCUCAGUUUCUAUCGUUAUUCUCCCCGACUCAUGUGCGAGUUAAGGGUCACUGCUGCCACUCUGUGUGAGGAGACUGAGUUCCUGGGGGACAUUCGAGCAGUGAAGUGGAUCAUUGGGGAGCAGAACGUGCUCAACGCUCUCAUCAAGGAUUACCUUGAGGUUGUGGCCCAUCUCAAAGAUGUCAGUGGCCAAACCCAAAGGGCAGAUGCUUCUGCCAUUGCCUUGGCCCUCCUGCAGUUCCUGAUGGACUACCAGUCGAUUAAACUCAUCUACUUCCUGCUGGAUGUGAUCGCUGUGCUUUCACGCCUUGCCUACGUCUUCCAAGGGGAGUACCUUCUUGUGUCACAGGUGGAUGAUAAAAUAGAGGAGGCCAUCCAGGAGAUCAGCCGGCUAGCCGACUCCCCUGGGGAGUACUUGCAGGAGUUUGAGGAAAACUUCCGUGAAAGCUUUAAUGGCAUUGCUGUGAAAAAUCUACGGGUGGCUGAAGCCAAAUUCCAGUCGAUCAGAGAAAAGAUCUGCCAGAAGACCCAGGUGAUCCUAGCCCAAAGGUUUGAUUCCCGCAGCCGGACAUUUGUGAAGGCCUGUCAGGUAUUUGACCUUGCAGCUUGGCCCAGAAGCACUGAUGAGCUCAUGAGCUAUGGGAAGGAGGAUAUGGUACAAAUAUUUGAACACCUGGAGACAGUCCCAUCAUUUUCCAGAGAAGUUUGCCGAGAAGGGAUGGACACUCGAGGGAGUCUGCUGAUGGAGUGGCGGGAACUCAAGGUGGAUUAUUAUACCAAAAAUGGUUUUAAAGAUUUGCUCAGUCACAUUUGUAAAUACAAACAGAGAUUUCCCCUCCUAAAUAAAAUAGUUCAGAUCCUCAAAGUCCUUCCCACCUCUUCGGCCUGCUGUGAGAAGGGGCGCACCGCCCUGCAGAGAGUGCGCAAGAACAACCGCUCCCGGCUGACGCUGGAGCAGCUCAGUGACCUGUUGACGAUUGCUGUUAACGGGCCGCCCAUUGCCAACUUCGAUUGCAAAAGGGCUCUCGAUAGCUGGUUCGAGGAGAAGUCAGGCAACAGUUACGCGCUCUCGGCUGAGAUGCUGAGCAGGAUGUCAUCUCUUGACCAGAAGCCGAUGUUGCAGAGCAUGGACCACGGCUCUGAGUUUUACCCUGAUAUUUAGGAAGGAAUGCCUCAGAUCAGAUAAUUUUUUUAAAUCUAUACUCUAAACUUUGAUAUAUUAUAUAAAAUAUAUAUAUUAUCUAUAUUAAGGAAAAACCCACACUGAAAAUUUAAGACGAUGUGCGUCUGAUAGAAGCUAAGCAGAAUUUUAAAGAUUGAGACAAUGUUUAGACAUUUACUGGUGUCUCCAACCAUGGCAGCUGCAAUGUAGGUGGCAACAUUUCAUUCUUUAGAAGCAUGUGCUGGGGCCAUACUCUACAUGUUCAAACCUAACAACCUAUAAGCUAGACAACGGGUCUUUGUCAGCCUCAUCCUCCCAGCAGUUUCCUUUGUAUGUGUGUUGCCAGUUUGCUGGGUUGUUUUUUGUUUUGUUUUGUUUCGUUUUGGGGUUGUUUGUUUGUUUGUUUGUUUGUUUGUUUUCCCCUCGGUUUCAAUCUCUGCCUCUCUUUCCAUUGUUCAGCCCAGUUAUUGAGCCAUUUGAGCCUUUUGUUGGCAACCAUCAGAUUUCUAAUUUCUGACAGAGCAACCCGUGUGUUUUGUUGCCCCCAGUUCUCUUCAGCUGAGUGGAAGCUUUUUUCACUCAAAAAAUUACCGACAGGAGAGGAGGGCUGAGGGCAUUAUUUUGGGUUUUCAUUCUGAUUUAGAAACAAAUGCCUCCACUAAACUGUGAUGCCCCUUUCUCAGUUCUCCCUACCUUUGGGCUGUAGAGUAAUACUUGGCUUUCAGCUCCUUUUAUGAUAACCGUAGUACCAGUCUAUCAUACAUAUGUUAUAACAUGAUGUCAUGUGCAGACUAUAAAAUAGCAAAAUAGAGAAGGCAGGGGGAAAUUUUUGCAUUUAUAUUUUUAUAUUGUAUGAGAUAAAUAUAUAUAUAUAUAUACAACUAUUCAUUCAAAACCAGGGCUGCUGUGAAAGCUAGACAGCCAAUGAGUCGAGAGCCAUCUCUGGGCGGAGAUUCAAAGGCUGAAAAAUUAUAUUCUAAUUUACAUUAUUUAUACCAUGUCUCUAUAAUCCUAGAUUGUUGUGGGGUUUUUGUUUUGUUUUGUUUUGUUUUGUUUGGAAUGACUGAAAGAAAAACCUGCUGCAGUUUGGUGGCAGUAGCUAUCAAUGCAAGAUUAUCUUGGAUUAUAAUCAUGUGUGAUGUCCUACAAAGGUUCACUUACUCUCUUGUGACCAAGGUAACAUGUUCCACAGCACAGCAGACUGAUGACAGCAGGAGGAAGGAAUGCUCUGCUUCUUCCUGCAAAAUAUUUCUUCCUUUCUUGAAGGAAUGCAGAGUCCAGCUGAAAUGUGAAUUGGGGGACUUGCACCUACCAUCACAAAGAGAUUGUUCUGUGGGCUUGGGGCUCUUCUUUGUUUUAUUUUUUUGAAGUAAACAAGCUCCAUCCACAUAUAUCACUUCAGGUUAGAAAAGAGAAAAAAAACCACAAAAACACAAAAAAACCCCAACCUACCAAAAAAAACCCACACAAACAAAAAAGGUGCAAAAACUCCACAGAUGCUAGUGCCUUGCCCUGCUGAUGUGGCAUGGACAGCACCAACCUGACCAGACCAUUGUGGGAGUGAGACGUGUUGUCCAAAAGGUGUCCAAGCCAACAUGUUCUCAUUUCCCAGAGGGAUGAGCUUUGUGCCAAGCUGUGUUGUUUGGAAACAUGAUGGUGGUAUCAGCAACACUGAACCUUUCCUUUCUCCUGUUACCCCCCUGCCCUUGGUCUUGGUGCUAAGAUAUCUCUAGAACCGUUGCUGCUAGUUAAUAGCUUUUCAUUUAUAUAAAUAUAUAUAUAUAUAUAUAUAAUAUUAUUUUAUUUUUUAAACUUUUUUGUUUGUUUUCAAUGGAGAUGUAGCAUGUUUGGAACUGAUCUUUCUCUGAGUCACUUUCACUGCCAGGGUUCACGCACUGUCUUCCCCAGGAAAACACACACUUCUACCUAGGUCUCACUCACCUCCUGCUAACCCCUUUGCCUUCAGCAGAACUUCACAGCCAGCACUGGCAGAGGUGUGCAGCCAAGCCACUAUGGACUGGUUCAACUUUCAGACCACACAGGAACAGCCAGGCUGGUGUUGGUCAGGGUUUUGGAAGUGUUUGCCUCUGUCCCUGUCGGACUGUGGGGGGACUGAGCCCACCCAAAACAUGAGUGGUAGCCUGUCCUUGUGUCCUGACACUGGCCCUUCACUGUAAAACAGGGCCUUUCAGUCAGAUGGUCCAAGUGGAGCAGAGUGGACCCUGUGAAUGUAGCAGUGAGGGCUGGUCAGCACCCUCUGUAGCACUUACCCCUUGCCUUACCUCUGACAGCACGUGCAGCCUGAGGCUGGCUCGGGCAGGAGAGGGCAGCUGCACCAGAGCCACCCAGCUGCUGCCAAACUGCCGCCAGGGGUGCAGGCACUGGGUGCUCUUCCUUGUGGUCCUCAUGGAAAUGGCACAAGCUAGGUCAGGGCAUCGCACAGUUGCAACACAGGGGCAUUGGUAUGACACACCUAGGAAGCAUGAAAAAUGGCUUUGUUUUCAUGUUUUCCUGUAUUUUCUUAUAAAUUUUAUGAUCAAGUUGAUCCAUUCAUCCAGAGCAGUGAAAAUUAAACUGGAAACCCCCUGCUAGCUGUACAGCCUUGGGUGGUUGUUUGCCUGACCAUGAAGUAGGGAUCUCUCCACACAAGGGGCUCGUAGCUCUCCGGGCAUGGUUUGAAUUGGCUCUGCUCAGGGUGCUGCCACAAAGCUCUGGAGCUGCUGCCUACUAAGGAGGUGGCAGGCUUCCUUCCUUUUUAAACUUGAGAUGUAAAAACUGCUGCUCCUUUAGUUUCUGACUGGAGAUGGGCAAGGUGAACAUAAGUCACAGAAUCCAUAGAACUCCAUAGCUCUUUGUGGGUAGAGAGGAAAAAUCACCUGCCUUUCUGUUUGCAGCAGCAAAAGCUCCUUGGCAUAGAGGCCCAUCAAAGUGCCUGGCCCACAUGGAGGGAAGGAACAUUUGGGGACAGUCUCCAAUCUCCAGACACCUUUGAAGAGAGGAAUGCUCCCCCAGCACUUGUGUUGAGCAGCCCAAGAGGACUGUUUACAACCCUCGAUCCAAGCCUCCUAACUUUUGCUACUGGGGAGGAAAUGGCAAAGUGAAAGUUGCCAGUGGCCUGUUCAGAAAUUAUUCUUCCAAUUUGUCACUCCUUCCCUUUGGUUCACUUGCAAAUCCUGCUUUCAUCAGUGACACCUUUCACUGGCAGCUUUUAUUUUUUUAUUUCUAAUGGUGCAGUGAAAUGUGUAGCAUGUGGUGAUAUUCUCUGGCAUCCAGCAGACACAGGCAGAGCACUUGUUCCUUUAGCAAAUAACUGCUUGCAAACAGUGAUUUCCUGCCACUGGAUGUUGUGAUUACCCGCGAUAGGAAAGGUCAGAGACCCUUUACCUUGGUAAUGAGGAUAGACAAGAGCUUGGUAGAGCAGUUGGCCCAACCCAGCCCAGCCCAGCCAGGCCAGGCCUGCCCAGCCCAGCCCAGCUCAGCCCAGCCCAGCCCAUCCCAUCCCAGCUCCUCCAACACAAUUCCCUGUUACCCACACAUCAGAAAAUAAACCUGGCCUUUGUCCUAGGGUAAUGCAGGUGCUUUGCAAGCUUUUUCUCCAGGUUAACCUGCCUAUCUCAGAUCUGUAGCUCUUACUUUCAUGGAUAGUCUGUGGAUGGAAACAUGACUACCAGCAUAGACAAGAUAGGGAGGAGGGAGGAAUAUCAAUGCAGAGCACCCCUGGCUUCCUAGGGCUCCCAAGCCUUUCCCAGGUGCAACUCUGUACCUGUAUUUCUGGGCCCAGCCUGGUGGCAGUGAGGCCAGGAGGCAGCAGCAGGCAUGGGGAGGGUUUACCAGGGUGCUGAGGGAGGCCUCCGUGGCUCCAAGUUUGCCAUGCCUCGAGUUUAAUCAAUGCCUUUCCUGCUGUGCUGAGAGAGCAAGAGGAGCUGUUUUGGAUGUGUUGCUCACAGUGUCUUGAACUGGUUAGGCUGCAAAGACAGAGGAUUCAGUUUUUCUUGAAUGAGCUCUUUUUUGUCUCCUUUCCCUGCAUCUUAGCUAUGGCAUCUGACUGUGAAUAAUGCACACUUCUCCAAACCCUCGGGUAUGUAUUUCUAGCCCGUGGGAUUUUUGGUUGCCAAUUUCCCUUCCCCACUUCUUGCUCAGGCUCCUUGCCUCUUUUACCCUGCUGUGAAGCAGAAAUCUGUGAAGCACAUUUAGACAUGUCCUUCUGCAGGGCUCACCUUGUGUCCACAGGGAUCCAGGCCCUCCAGCCACGAGACCGACCUCAGCAGGGAUAAUCCUCACAGGAAACCAAAGCUCUUCCCAUGCCAGCAAAAGCACACGGAAGUUACAGGGGCUGUGAGGGGCACAGUGGGCAGGGUCCUCAUGUGGUGUUUGCCUUGGGUCUUGAGCCAACUGCACCCAUGUCCCCUGUACUGGUGAUGCUCUUGCUGGUAUGAUUGUUCAGACAUGAUUCAGGCUCAGUCCAUCUCUUACUCACAGCACAAACUCAACCAGAUGGCCUGCAGGGUCUUUGGAGUUCCCCUCCUUUCUUAUGUCAUGAGGAUUGCUGUUUGUUUGACCAUUGCCUAGACAGCUGGCUUGCAAAUAAGCAGCAACAGCCUCUGCUUUUGCAGAUUCCCCUUUCACCCCUGUUAAAAGAGGUCUUAAAAGCAGAGAAAUGGUACGUUAAUCCCCCAGCCAUUGUAUCCAAUGCAGUAAUGCCUAUGCAAUUCCUGUCUCCCUUGGAGACACGUAUGAUGUGUGUGCAUGUAAGCUAGCGUAUGUAUACAGUACAUAUGCAUAUGGUCUAUAUAUUGUAUAUACGCACAUCCCAGUACAUAUACACACAGUACAAAAGAUUAAAAUCACAUGCUUAUAUAUCUAUAAAUGAAAUCCUAUAUAUUUAUAUAUUUCUAUGUUUUCAAUAGAUAUAAAAAUAUAAUAUAGAGAUAGACUCAACCACCCUUGUGUAAGGCUGGCCCUGUGUUCUAGCACAAGGCACGUAACACUGAAGACUUUGGACUAUGGGAUGGUUUUAGCCAUACACUGAGGCCUACAUUUACAUGUAUAGCACUCUAUCGAGAGGGGCUUGGCUGUGUUUAGGCCAAGGGGUUUCCUUGCUGGCAUGUUAACCAAGUGAUAAAUAAGGUUUGUUUAAUAAUGGAAUGUCUUGGUAGGGGAAAAUGCUUGAGUGUCCUCCCAAGAAAGCCUCUUGCUGGGAGCCUGUGUGUUCACACUUAGACACAUAUCCACCCUCACAUGCACUUUUGUCUCUCUGCAUGGACACGGUUGGCAACUGCGGGCACUGGUGCUGAGGAAACGUGGCUUUUUGCAGUUCCUCCUGGCAUUCUUCAGCAGUUGCCAGCACUCUGCCAGGGAGACCCUGCACUGGCCAGCACUCAUGUGGCCCCAGCGAGAGUGUGGGUGCACUUGCAGGCGACGGUCAGCAACACAGCCGUGGCACUGGGAUAAAGGCAGCAGGAGAGCCAAGGUGGUUUUGAGCAGAGGAAAGGUUACGGCCACACAGGUGGUGCUGGCAGGGAUAGUGUAUGGAGCUGGAACAGUGCAAACGAGAAGGAAUCGUGAAGUCGGAGCAAUAGGGAUAAGAGUGCCUGAUCCCAGUUGGGAAGGCACACCCAGCUCUGUUGGGUCAGGCUGGCUGCUGUUCUGCUGCUGGAGCCACUCUGCUCCCUCAGGUCUCCCAGCCGCUCCUCAGCCUGUGAGCAGCCUGCCUGGCCAGGGGCCCAGGGAGGCUUUCUGGAGGAAGGGGAAUGAUGUGAUUGUAUGGAAGACAUGGUCAGUGUCACACGUGUGCCUUUUGGCCCCAGGACACAGCGUUUGGACCUUGCCAGGCUGAAGCACCAAAGGGUGCAGCCCUCUUACCCUGCCCCUGCAAAGAGACACCUGCUUUCCCAUGACCAGCAUUUCUGUGCUGGGGUGGGGGUGGAUCAGCCCUCCCUGAGUAUCUGCUGAUGCCUAUGGGAUGGGCAGCUCUCUCAUCCCUCCAUCCCUCCCUUCACUCAGCCACACGUAGGACUCUGGCCCUGCUGCAUCCUGAAGCCUUUGGCUGACACCUGAGAGGAUCUGAGAGGUGCCUCUGGCCGGUCCAACAGCAGGUGGUCAGUCAGCGAGCUGCUUCCCCACAAGGGUUGGAGGGAAAGCAUGGAGUUUGCCUUUGCAGCUCCACACCAGGCCUGGCAGCCACUGCACUCCUUGCCGUUUGUUUUAUUUGUUGACUUUGGUUGGGAGGAGGGUGAGUUGUAAUUCCGACAUCCGAAUGGAUCAUUACACUGGUUUUGCAUGAGCAGAUGCUGUGCAAGCUGUCCCCAGGCCCUGUCACACACCUCAGUGCCCUCUCCCAGGCCUCUCUCCUCCACACAACUGGUAAUCCACCUCAGCCGCCCCUGCGCGGCGGCGGCUCCCUGCUCUGCCGCAGCCCCUCAGCGGCGGGGAGCUCUCAGCACCUGUUCCUCACAAACCUCAGAGACAGUUUUCUCGCUCCAGCCCCCUCCUUCCGAAGCCACUGACACCCGCGCCAGCCCAGCCCGCGGCCUCGCCUCCCAGCCGCCCUGCUGGUGGUGCUGCCGCCCGGCGAGGGGCUCCCAUGCACUGCACCUCAUGUCGAAUAAGCUCGCUGGGCUACGCGGGGAACCACGUCUCAUAUGCUGUAAUGUCCCAAAUGCUACGGGAGGGCUACGGAGUUUUCUGCCAGUCAUGGCAUCCUCAUAGACUCACCCGACAGUUAGCAAAAAUGCAUUUCUACUUCCAGAAAAUGAGGUUUUGUCUCAAACCUCUCCGUAUCCACAUCCAAGCACAGCCCUGCUGAACUGUUUCAAGCGAUCUCUCACCCACCCACUCACCCACCACACACACAUAUGAAAUGAGAGAAAAAUAUCUAGACGUCUAUUACUAUAUAUGUAUUAAUAUGUUAAUAUCACUCUUUUGGAGAUAUUAAAAUGUUAUUACUUUACAGACUAUGCUUUAUAGUACCUGUGUGAAAGGACCUAGGACACUGGAUACGAAUAGAGCUAUGUUGAUAUAUCAUGGUAUGUACACAAGAACUUUCCUUUUGUCAUAUUAUCCUUGUAAUGUAAAAUGAUUGUUAAUAAAAAAAAAAAAAAGGCAUUUAAAUUUA